AUGUUCAAAUACAACCGCUCACUCUGUAGCAGCGCUUUGAUAGCAAAGUCUCAGAUUCGUUUUUAUAGAUUGAAGCGGGCGCCAUUGAAUUAUGCCUCCCAUAUACCUGAAGUUCUUAAUAAGACCAUCAUAGGGCCAGACGAACCAGAAAAAUGUCUCAUUUUGAAAGGAAAAACAUCAGAGGAAAUCGAAAAUAAUCUUCUCAGUAAUAAGAAAUUUCAGGAGAUCAAUCCUCUUGAUACUAUCCAGGAAACGUUCAUUCAAUAUCUGAAAUUUUGUAAUGAAACUAACUUUAAAAGAAGUAACAAGAAUUUAAACAGAUUAAAAAAAACCUUAGAAAGCAAGGACUCUAAUAGCACCGUAAAAAUUAAUGCAGUUUUCAAUUAUUUGCUCGAAGAGUGUGAUUUAGAAAUCAAAAGAUUGAACACGACCGGCCAAACCCAGGUAUACAAUGAAGAGAAAGGAAAUGAAGAUGACUUAGAGCAAUCCAUAAUGAACGAUAUUUUCCGAUCAGCACAAGAACAAUUUGAAGAUCAAGAGGGCCAUAUACCGUUAAGGAGUACAUCAUUUUUACUGGAGAUUUUGAAAAGUUUUAAUGAACGGUUUAAUGGCAUAAUCAAACCGAAAGAGUCAAUAACAGAAAUGGUCACAUUCAGCCAACUUGCUCAAGCUUUUGAAGUUGUUAAAUUGAUACCAGUGCAAGAAAUGAAGGAGAAAGGGAUUUACUUGGUCGGAAAUUUACUUUAUGGCACAGGGAAAGUUCGUUUAGAUCCUAUAAAUGAGUCAUUCUAUAUUGAAUCCCUACUAGUUUUUGGAAACUAUAAGGCUGCAUACAGUUUAUUUAUUACCAAUAAAGACAAAGUAAACGAGCGCUGGUGGAAUGAACUAGGAUUAAUGAUCACAUUAAGGUCUAACCACUUGAGAAACUUCAGGAAACUUUUAGCCGAGACAGAUGCAAAGUACUCAACAAAGUAUUCUUAUUUGAGCCCAAGAGUUACCAAAUUGAGCAUACGAAAAUAUUUGUCGAUUGGCAAUGUUACUGAAGCUAAUAUACUGACUGAUCGAUUUAUUAAGUUAGUGGAAGAAGUUGGAAUAAUCAGAAUGAAAGAUGAGCAGGAGGAACUUCCCACGGGAGUUAAAAAUUUUCAGAAUGAGAAACAUGCAACUGAGUUCUUAAAUGAACUAGAAAUACCAUCGGAUCAUGAUUAUAUCAGCAUUGUUGAUUUCCAUCUUUAUAAGAGAAAUAUUCCCAUGGCGGCUCAACUUAUCAGCAAGUACAUGGAAAUACCUGGAACGACACAAGAAGAUGCCGCAUUUCUACUUGUUAAAACCAAGCUAAAUAUGUUGAAAGAUUUUGAAAAGCUACGAAACAUUUUUGCUCAAAAUAAAGAUUAUGUAGUGCCUGAGAAUAAUGUGAAAAUGUUGCAAGAGGCAUUUGAGAGCGUUAUUACUAAGUAUAACACUAAUUCUCCAAUAUACAAUGAAUUGCUGUUUGAGAAUGUUUCGGCCUUAACAAAAAGUAUUGUAUUAACUGAUUUUCUGGAAGAGUUCAUUACUAAACAGGCUUCUGGACAGUGGAUGGAAUUAAACAGUGUGUCACGUUCCAGAAAGUUUAAUGGCUUGUUGAACAUACUUCUCGGUACAGGUGAAGAAGAAAAAGCAUAUAAUAUCUUAAAAAAACUAGAAGAAGCCUCAAAGAAAUCAAAAACAGAUCCAGAUUUACUCUAUAAUCAGUUUUAUUCGGAAGUUAAUGCAUAUCAUUACGCUAAAUUUGUUGAAUUUUAUAGUCUUCAAAUUCAAAAUAUGAAGGCACAAAAUACGCCCUCAUUUAGAAAAAAGGAAUUUAAGCAGAAAGUGAAGUCACUUUUAAAAAGAAUGCAGGAGUCAGAGGUUAUCCCAAAUGCUGUUUUUUUGAGAGAAAUACUCAAUUUUUAUGAUAGCAUGUAUGACUUUAAUUCAAGUUUUGAGAUCAUCAAUCCGCUACUUGAAUCCAAACAACAGGUGAGCUCUGAGUCUUCAUUAUCCACCUCAAACCCUUGCCGAUUUUACAACCGUCGCAUCAUAACAAAACCGCUGUACCACAAGAUUUGGUCUGUGUAUUGCCAUUAUUAUCAUGUUUUACAAAAUAAUUCUAGGAUUUUAUCGAAAAAGUCGUCCAUUGUAAAGAAAUUAAUAAAAAGGCAGAUAAAGAUUCACCCAACUUGUCACCCAAGAGUAUUGUUCCAAAUGACGGCAGAAAAUGGUGAAAUUUUGCCAGACAAAACUUUUUCUAAAUUAAUUGUGUCCACGUUCAUGAAAAGCGGGGAUUUAGAAGCAAUACCUGCCAUAUUAACGUUUCUAACGAAAAAAUUUGACUUGAAUAUUGAUUACGAUUUGAGUAUGUAUAUUCUAAAGGGUUUGAAAAGACAAUAUUUACGAGAUAUUAGUAACAUCAGUAAAGAUGCUUGUGAGUACAAGUUACGGAAGGCGGAGCUAAUGAAUAAUGAGUCAAUCUUAAAAAACAUUCCACAGGGUACAAAUCAAGAGAAUACAAUAUCCCAUUUGAUCAGGGAGAUUUUGAUCUUUAUAAAAUGGAAGGAAAAAAGUGAUUGUUCUACUUUCUUGAUGGUAGAAGAUGCUUUUAAAGAAUUAGGAACAGAGUUUACUUUACUCGAAGAAUUAAUAGAAGAUGUAAAUAAGUUAAAGAUAAAAGCCUAA